UAAAAAUGGCGUGUAAAUAAGCCAUAGUUUUAUUUAUAAACUAAAACAAGUGAUUUAUUAUUAAAUAGUGAUAUAAAUCUUCAUAAUAUUUUUUAUUUAUAAAUAAAUUAUUGAAGUGAUUAACCCAACUAUUCUUUACGAAGAAGAAUAAAUUGAAUGGUGUUGAGAAUGGUGAAUAAAUAAUUAAAUGCGUUUAUCACGUAAUUUUUUAAUAAAAUUGACCCUUGUUGCGGCUGUUUUGCUCGCUUUAUAUUGCCUUCAAAUUCCAAAUGCUUCUUAUUAUUGGAACAUUAAUAAUUCACGUUCACACAAUGUUAAUGAUCAUGAAAACCAUUCAACCGCCUUAAAUUCAUACACUAAUUAUUAUAAUUUAUCGGUUAAAACAUUAUAUGAGUUAGAAUCAACUAAUGUUACCUAUCAUAAUGUUUGGUGUAUAUUUACUAAAGUUACAUCAAUGUCUCCAAUGAAGAAAAAAUUUCGUAUUUUUACGGAAUCAUUAUUAAAGUUUGCAUCAGUUGAUGUAGCACUUCAUGUUAUAACUGAUGACAGUAGUCAAAAAAUUGCUAAAAGAAUUAUUCAAAAUAUAGUUUCAGUACUGAAGAAACCAGUACAGGUGCAAUACUAUGAUGUACACAAAUUAGCAUUACAACUAGAAGAUAUUGUAUCGGUGAUGUCAUUAAAAUUCUCCAGUAAACCAGGAACAUAUUAUUCAGAUGCUCUAUUUUUUUUAUCGUUAGGAUUGCAUAGAAUAGCUUCUCCUCAACAAAAAGUAGCAGUAAUGCUUGAUGUCGAUACAAAAUUACGUGAAGAUAUAAAAGAACUUUUUCAAGAAUUCGAAGAGUUUGGAGGGCAAGCUUUGUUUGGUUUAGCACCUGAAUUGACACCAGUAUAUCGUCAUGUUUUAUACAUUUUUCGAAGUCAGCAUCCAGAUACUAUGUUUGGAGAGCCAUUCUCAUCUGGCGGAUAUCCUGGAUAUAAUAGUGGAGUAGUAUUAUUUAACUUAGAGAGAUUACGUAAUUCAUUAGAGUAUGAUCAAAUUGUUAGCAGAGAUAUGGUUGAACAUAUGACAGAGAAAUAUAGUUUUAAGGGACAUUUAGGUGACCAAGACUUUUAUACACUCUUAGGAAUGGAAAGACCUGAAUUAAUUCACACAUUGGAUUGUGGAUGGAACCGACAACUGUGUACAUGGUGGCGUGAUCGUGGAUAUGCCGAUGUAUUCGCUAAUUAUUCACAAUGCAAUUCUGAAAUAAAGCUGUGGCAUGGAAAUUGUAAUGCACCUAUUCCAGAUUUAUAAAUGAAAAUAGUAAAGCAAAAAUGUAACAAAACAUGUACUGAAAUUGAUGUAUUCUACAUUGAUAAUCAUACAAAACAGCUUUGGAGUAGCCGCACAUGAAAUUAUAAUUUGUAAGUUGCAGUCAGAAUAAAUUACACCAGGUGAAUGAUUCUUUACUUUAUGAAUGACAAUGAAAGCAAUGUAAUUAUCAGUUAAUUUUUUUUCUUUCAAAAUAGUUUUAUAUCCAAAAUGUAGAAUUUAACUAAAUCAUUAAAUAUUUACAAAAAUUAAA